AAUUGCUACGAGAGAUGUCGCCUGGGAACAUAACGCGGCCAACAUUAUCCCCCGUGGAUGUAUGAAAAUUGUAUGCUAAACUUUCCUUCUUUACAUUUAAAUCAUAGUUUGGUACGGACAGUGACGUUCAUAUCCAAAAUGUAGUUUGCAACUUUGAGUACGCUGAGCCUCCGGGAGACGGUGGAUGAUGUAGCAGGCAGUAGAGGUGGGGCUUUCCAUUUCCUCAAUCGAUGCGGAAAGAAACACCUCUGCUCAUCGGCACCAUUGUGAAAAAGGGGCGGUCACUCAUUUUUCUUUCGGUACUUCUCCCUGCCUGCCUGUCUUCCUUUUCUCCGCAACAUGGCUGCGUUCUCAGCCUGGUUUUGGAACGAGAGAUUCUGGCUUCCACACAAUGUAACUUGGGCGGACCUUGCGGACCCAGCACCUGGACUGGAGUAUCCCAAAGCAAGGCACUUGCUUUCCGCCCUGCCGCUGGCUUUGGGCAUAUUUGCUGUCAGAAUACUAUUUGAAAGGUUCAUUGCGCGGCCAUGCGCCUACAUGCUGCGGCUCCCCGCCCAGGUGGGCCGGAGAGCUCAGCCCCACGCUGUUCUGGAGAAAGUGUUCACGUCCAUCACAAAGUGUCCGGACUCCCGGCACCUGGACGGGCUGUCCAAGCAGCUGGACUGGGAGGUGCGCAAGGUCCAGCGGUGGUUCCGGCGGCGGCGUAACCAGGACAAGCCCAGCACCCUGACCAAGUUCUGCGAGAGCAUGUGGCGGUUUACCUUUUAUCUGUGCAUAUUUACCUACGGACUUCACUUCCUCCGGCAGUCCACCUGGAUGUGGGACACACGGCAGUGUUGGUACAACUAUCCUUACCAGGUGCUCUCUCCUGGUCUGUACUACUUCUACGUGAUAGAGCUAGGCUUCUACUGGUCACUGGUCUUCUCCCAGUUCACCGACAUCAAACGCAAGGAUUUCCUCAUCAUGUUCAUCCAUCACCUGGCAACGGUGGGACUCAUCAGCUUCUCCUACGUCAACAACAUGGUGCGCGUGGGCACGCUCGUCAUGUGCGUGCACGACGCCUCCGACUUCCUGCUGGAGGCCGCUAAGCUGGCUAACUACGCGCGGUACCAGCGCCUGUGUGACUCCCUCUUCGUCUUCUUCGGCGUGGUCUUCUUCGGCACGCGGCUCAUCAUUUUCCCUUUUUGGAUCCUCAACACUACGCUGUUUGAGAGCUGGGAGAUCAUCGGUCCCUACCCCUCCUGGUGGCUCUUCAACGGGCUCCUGCUGGUGCUGCAGGCCCUGCACGUCAUCUGGUCCUACCUCAUCGCCCGCAUCGCCUUCAAAGCCAUAGUGCGCGGGAAGGUAUCCAAAGACGACCGGAGCGACAUCGAGAGCAGCUCGGAGGACGAAGCCGAAACGGCCAAGGACAAGGCCAAGCUGGCGGCCCGCAGCAGCCCGCCGUCGCCCCCCAAGGGCGAGAACGGGACGAACGGCCACCUCGCCGCCGCGGCCUGGGCGCAGGACCGCUGGUGACCGCGCUGCGGGAGACCGACGCUCAGACUGACGCUCCUGACGGGUCUAUCCCUGACGACACGCCCCUCACUGCCCUCGCCUCCCCUCUCCCUUCCAGACCCAAAGACGACAAAAACAAGCUGCAUUCCUCGGUUAAAAGUUCUGUACCGGCUCGUUACCUCUCAUCACUUCUGUGGCUGAACACACUUGGGAGGCUGGGGAUGGUGAGGAAAGACGGGUAUAAUGGACACUAACGUGUGACAAUCGCUGUGAGCACCAAAAAGAAAAAUGCAAUUAGACAGAUGAAUGGAAUCAGUGAGUGCCUUUCCCCAGUACAGGUGGGAGGGGGGGGUCUCUCAACCCCUCCUUUCCACAUGUGCAGACAUGAUGAAAUUAGUUCCCACCCACUUGUUUUAUUGGUCAGAUCUACUUGAGUUCUUCAUUUUUACUUUGUGGUUCAACUCAUUAGCCUGUUUUUAUUUGUUGCGGUUUCUGAUUGUUUUGUUGAUUUUUAUUUGGAGACCAAAUAAGUUUAUUAAAAUGUUAUUUGAUUGUUCA